AGCGCGGGGUCGUGUGGUCGGUCGGACUACAGAACUUGGACUGGACAUUUGGUGUCACUGGUUACGGUUCAUACCGUUGCUCCGUGUCCGUAUUCCCCGUUUUCAGUUUGUGAUUGUCGCCGAUCAUGUAUGGUAGUUUUUCGCUUUCGUGAAACAUGUGCUGUCCGCUUAACGUAGGCCGACCGUCGAUGUUGUUAUUAUUGUGCAUCCGUCUGUCUGAUUAUAAUGUCAAAUACGUUUACUGUUGAGAAAAAAUCGGAAACCAAAUCCAAUCCUCAGUACUCGCCCACCAUCCGCGUACAAGCCGAAUUGUUCGAACCCACUGACAACAGAUAUCCUGUGUUCAAUUAUCAGAAGUUGCUCAUCGAAGAGAAAAAACGUCGAAGAAGGGAUCAGCAAUCUUAUACUCUUGAAGAAAAUGAUGAAUCUAUAAAACAAUUGGCAGACCAUUAUGAACAAAAAUAUGGGUUUAGUGGUGUUAAGAAAAAGAAAAAGAAAAAAACUGCCUUCUAUAACUAUUCGGAACUUGCGGCUGGUUAUGAUGAAAAUGAUUCAUUCAUUGACAAUACUGAAAUUUGCGAUGAAGUCAUGCCAAAUGAAGUUGAAACUAAACAUGGUGGUUAUUAUGUAAAUUCUGGUUCUUUAGAAUUCAAGAAUGUUUAUAUGUCUGAAGAUUCUGAAGAAAUAAAAUCUAGUCAACCUCGUAAGCAUUUUAUAAACACUGUAAUAGAAGAUAGUGAUGAAAAAUUGCCUACUUUUGCUGUUUCAAAUAAUUCAGAAAAAAAUUCGCUAACUGAAACUAAGACUUCUGAUACAUCUGAUGAUUCAUCUUGUUCUGAUGAAGAAAAAGAAUCUUUAAAACCUAUAUGUACAUCAACACUUCCAGUGAAUGGCAAAGUUAAACGAAGACAGUCAAUUGAUUCUGAUAGCACUGGUUCUAUUAUUCCAACUAAAAAAAAGAAGAUCAAUACAGUUAAAUCAUUGAUACAAGAAAAAAAAGUUCAGAUACCAGAAUGCAAGCCAAGUUGUUCAAAAGAUACUUUACCCUUAUCUUCUGAUGAAGCAGUUACUACAGAAAAUAAUGUUAGUAGUUCUAUUAUUGAAACAAUUGAAUCUGUCAUAUAUGGUCGUUCAAAACCUGCAACUGUUUCAUUGAAUUUAGAGAAUGAUACUGUUAAAAGUACACAGAUUGUAAUAAAUCCACCUAUCAGUAUUGAUGUACCAAUAUCCAAUGGUAUUCAUAAUGCAACAGAAGAACUUCCUAAAAUUAUAGUGGAAAUUAUUGAAUCAAUUAAGACUGAAGCUCAAAUAGCAAUCCAAAAUAAUUCAAACAUUUUUUCAGAAGAAAUAAAUUUAAAUCUAUUAAGUCUUGAAUAUCAAAAAGAAGUAAUACCAUUUAAUGCACAACCAAUCUAUGCAACAUUAGCUGAGCAUAUGUUAUGUGAUAAAGAAAAGCUUGUAAAACAAGUAAAUAAGCUGGUUGAUUUAGAAGAAGAAAAAAUUACUGAGCCAAUUGAACGGUUAAAAGAUGCAAUUGAAAAAAUAUUACCAUCAGUUAUUGAACAAUAUAAUCUCGAUUGUGAUAAAAUUUUAGAUCAAAGGACUGUUAAUGGAACUUCUAAUGAUGGAUUGAAAUCAAAACAUGGACCUAAACGACCACGUCGUAAAUUUCCUUGGAAUGAAGAGUUUAGAACAUUAGUACGAGAAAUUAUUAAUAUCCGAAAAACUACCUAUUCUAAAAUCAGAAGAUCCCACCCGAUAGAGGAGUUUAUUACCCAAUUCAUAAAUAAUCAAAUCAAACCAUUAUGGCCAAAUGGGUGGAUGAAGUCUACCAAUAUUAUAAAAGAACUUAAAGUAAAAGAAAAGGAUUCUAGGCCUAAACUAUCAAAAAAACAACCAUUACACAAUAGCCCAAUUAAAUUGCUAAGUGCUAUUAAAUUGGCUUCUGAACAUAAAGUUUCUAAUUCUGCCAUGAACAAACUGCAUAAAUGGAAUAAACAAAAAUCUUCAAAAAUAUCUGACCUUAACACAGGAACAACUACUAAAUCAACUAGUCAAACUCCACCUGCAACACUAUCUACAACUGCUUUGAAAUCUGCUGCAAAGCAAUUUUAUAGUCCUCCUCAUACAGUGGCUAUUAGUACUUUAAGUAAUGAUACUUGUCCUUAUCAGGCAACUAUUACGACCACGGCAAUUAAUGGCUGUAAACAAAAAGAAUGUGAAAACAACAGUGUUAUUGUAAAAACAGAUGCACCUAGUGGAGAUAUAUUAGAUUUAUCGCCAAUUAAAUCCAGUUCAAUAUCAUAUGCAUGUAACAAAUUAAAAGAUGUUACUGAGAUUUGCAAUAAUACCUCAAAAGAUAAUAAGAGCCCUUCAAAACCGCAGGAUUUGCAAAUUAGUCCAAAGCACAUGAUUCAACAGCCAAUUUCUCGAAAACAAAGAUUGCUUCAGGAAUUGCAUAAUAAACCUUUGCCUGAUCAACAAAGGUUAUCAACCAAUAGUUUUACUGUUGAUCAACAGAGCACAAAACCAAAAGAUGAUAAUUCAAUUUCGUCUAUAAAUAAAUUAGACUGUAUAAAAGGUGAAAACAAGUCGACCGGUACAGAUAUGUUAAGUCAAAUAAUCAAUGAAUCUUUAAAGGAUAAUACGUCACCAUUACCCUCACAAUUUACCACUAAUAGUAGUUUCUAUAAAAUUAAAGAUGAGACUAAAUCGCCAACCUCGGUCGUAGUCAAACAAGAAAUCAAAAAUGAUUAUUCAGAUUGGUCACAUAGUGACCGGAAUACAGCAUCUAGAACACCAUCAAGCCAUCGAUCAUCCAGUACUGAACUUGCGGAAAAAGAAGCACAAGAAGUUAUUCAAGAAUUGUUAGAUUUGAAUAGAUUAUCUUGCUCGUCACAGACCACUAACGAUAAUACUUUCAAAAAACAUUCGUCUAUGUAUACUUCUCAUUCAUCGGACACACUUGUUAGUUCACCACUGGGAGUCAUCCAUCAUCCAGCUUUUAGGAAUUCAUAUAGUACAUCAAGCAGUACAAUGAGUAAAUCAACUCAUGGGACAACAAUAGGUAUUCCAAAAAUGAGUAUUGGUUUCAAGGAUGAGUUUCUUAAGCACAUGGUGAAAACUGAAGAAUCCACUUCGCGACUAACUACAGAAAGUUUUCAAAAACAUGGUAUACCACACUAUGGUCUUAUACAAACUAAUGCUCAAAUGUCAGAUAACUUAUUUCAGCAACAAUUCUUUUCAACAUUGAAUACAAAAUCAAAUAAAGAUAAAAUGAGUCAUAAUUCAAUAACGUACAGUAAUAAAAACGAAUAAAGUAAAUGUAUUUUAUAAGUACUAAUAUAGUACAAUACUAUAAAGAUAUUUGAUACAGUCAGAAAUAUCUUGAAUUCACUAUCUGAGAGUAAUUUAUUUUUGUUUUUAUUUAAAUAAUUAGUAUUAUAUUAAACUAGUAGUAUUAUAAUUAUUGAGGAUAGACCUCGUGAUUAAUGUAAAAAAAAAGUAAUAUGUGUACAUUAGGUAUAUUUAAAAAAUAAAUGUUCAUGUAUAUAA